ACAAACUGCCCCUAAUGCAUCACCCAGCCCCUCUAACACAGACUCUGCAUUCAACAGAGGAAACGGAAAAGACGAAACAUAGCCUGCAAGAAGGUUUGUCAUUUCAAAACCCCGGGGCUGUGGAAAGAACGGAGAAUCCCUCUUUAUUCCCACACUUUGGCUUCUUUUGUUGGACCUUAGAUCUUCCUUCAAGCUUCAUUUAAUUCCACCACUUUUUUGACCAUCGUUUCUCCAGCUGUUUGCAGCUGGCAAAAAGCACCCGCCCUGUUCAGGGAAAGAAGAAGCUUGAGACUGAGCGGAGAGGGGGAUCGAGAGAUAGACAGAAAAAGGGAGAGAGAGAUGGCACCCCAACUUCCCCAACCGCAGGUGAGGAGCAACAUCUCCAAGUUCCUCAGGAGCUUUUUGGGAAUCGCCCGGAUUCUGCAGAUCGUAUUUGGAGCCGGGCUGUGGAUCACAGUCGCUGCCAACAAGUAUGAGGGCUCUAUCCACUUCGUCCUGUUCGUCGCUGUCCUCUUUUGGCUGCUCACCCUCGCCUUGUUCCUCAUCACCCUCCUGGGCAAGCAGGACCUGGUUCCUCUGCUGGGAGGAGAGCGCUGGCUGUGCACCAACCUGACGCACGACGUGGCCGCCGCCGCACUUUACCUGCCGGCCAUAGGAGUCAUGAUCUACAAGACUGAACGCAACUCCUACUGCAACCUGGACAGGUACCAGCACUUCUGCCUGUAUAAGGUCUACCUGACAGCGGCCGUGUUCGCCUGCCUGUGCUGCCUGAGCUACCUGCUGUCGGUCAUCUAUGGGGGGUGCAGGAAGAGCCGAGGAGAACAAACUGUCAUCUGAUGGCACUGGAUCAGGUUGUGAUGAAGGAUGGAAGAGGAGUAUCCACUGCAAGAUGAAGAAUAGUCCCCUUCACUGUAAUUUUACUCAACAGCCUACUGUCUCCCUCCUGGCUGUUGUUGCAUGAAAAGCAGCUCCAGGUACAGAGGUUGAUCCCAAGACAGGGUUUGAUUGGUUGGGGUACAAGUCACAAUAUUAGCCUAACAAUUUUGUGGCUAUUUACUGCCAUUUCCAUCAAAGACAACAGUGUAAACAUUAAUGCAGAACUUUGCUAGAGAAACAUUUUUAUAUAUAAUUAAAAACUAUUAAUAUACAUUUUAACUCAGUCUUAAAUCAUUGAAAUGCUGCAGUUUUAUAAUACUAAAUAUUUUUUAUCUUCUUACUAGGGAUUCAUCGAUGUGAAUAUUUGGGCUUGUAUCAAUAACAGAUAUUAAUGUCUGUUAUAUAUUUUCUGAUGCCGAAACAUCGUACAUCCCUACUUCUUACACGUUUUUAUAUGAUGACAAGCUCUGCAGAUAAAAGACAUUGACUCUCAGCUGUUUUUGUUUUGUCUUCAACUCAAACAUCCAGUUUCAACUUCUCUCAGAUUGCUGUUUACUCAACAAGGUGGCGACAAUAACAACCUCCUCUAACAUGGAUGUGAAUGGUGCUGUAACAUGUUUGCUGAACAAAUUUGCUCCUAAUAUAAUUUCAAAGAGUGGAAAUAAAGGUGACCAGAUUGAGAAUCUA